CUCAGGCGACAGAGUUCCCAAUACAGGUCUCUGCCUGUAUGGUCCAUGUCGAUAAUCCCUGGUGUCAUUACUGAUGGAGUGCUGCACAGUCAGGUCGUCAGUACCAAGGGAGUGCUGCAUUGUGAGAGGGUCAGUACUGAUGGAGUGCUGUACUGUCGGGUGUCAGUAUUGACGGAGUGCUGCACGGUCUAAAUGUCAGUACUGUGGGAGUGCUGCACUGUCAGAAGAGGCAGAAGCACAGGAAGAGGUCAUUCAGCACAAGCAGAGCUUGUGGGCAGUUCCUCCCCAGGCGAGCAGUCGGACAGGUCCUGGAGCUUGAGAGUGAGAAUCUGAUGAAAUAUCUGGGAGUGGAUAAUGAUCAGGAAAUCGUACUUCCUCCUGUCACUUCUCCAAGUUGGACUGUCACAAGAGUGGAAAGCGACACUCCACGAGAGGUGACAGCGCAGGAAGGUUCGUGUGUACAGAUUCCAUGUCAUUACAGUUAUCCAGCACAUUUGGAAAACCAAGGUGAGGUGGAGUCAGGUUUAAUAACGAGAAACAAAUUCCUUGGGCUCCCAUUGCCUUUCACUCCAAGGAUCACAGUCACGAGUUACCACGGUUCCACCAUCGGACCCGGCUGUCUGGAGACCUGAAAGAUGGCGACUGUUCCCUGAUUAUAAACAACAUCAGACGGGAAGAUGCAGGACCUUAUUUUUUCAGAAUAGAAUUUGACAAUGGUCCGAGCUAUAACUAUUACCCUGUAACCCAGCUUCACGUUUCUGAACUUCAGAGUUAGAAGCUGAGGAAAUAUCUGGGAGUGGACGAUGAUCGGGAAAUCUUACUUCCUCUUGUCACUUCUCCAAGUUGGACUGUCACAAGUGUGGAAAGUUGACACUCCACGAGAGGUGACAGCGCAGGAAGGUUCGUGUGUACAGAUUCCAUGUCAUUACACUUACCCAUCACAUUUGUUAGAGAAAACACGUGUCGGAAUCUGGAAUAUGAGAAGGGACAAAUGGAGAAGAUCAUCUAUAGCCUUUCAUUCCAAGGAUCACAAUCGCGAGUUACCACGGUUCCACCAUCGGACCCGGCUGUCUGGAGACCUGAAAGAUGGCGACUGUUCCCUGAUUAUAAACAACAUCAGACGGGAAGAUGCAGGAUAUUAUUUUUUCAGAAUAAAAUUUGACAAUGGUCCGAGCCAUAACUAUUACCCUGUAACCCAGCUUCACGUUUCUGUUGGACUGUCACAAGAGUGGAAAGGUGACACUCCACGAGAGGUGACAGCGCAGGAAGGUUCGUGUGUACAGAUUCCAUGUCAUUACAGUUAUCCAUCGUGUCUGGAAAACCAACCGCGAGGUGGAGUCUGGUUUAAUAACGAAAAACAGAUUCCCUGGGCUCCCAUAGCCUUUCACUCCAAGGAUCACAGUCACGAGUUACCACGGUUCCACCAUCGGACCCGGCUGUCUGGAGACCUGAAAGAUGGUGACUGUUCCCUGAUUAUAAACAACAUCAGACGGGAAGAUGCAGGACCUUAUUUUUUCAGAAUAGAGUUUGACAAUGGUCCGAGCCAUAACUAUUACCCUGAAACCCAGCUUCACGUUUCUGAUUUCACAGAUAAACCCACAAUAUUCCCUGCUGAAAUUAUUGCAGGAAAACGUGUGGAUGUAAGCUGCACCUUCAACACAACGUGCAAUGGAACAGCAGUACCUGCCUUAACCUGGGACACUCCCACUGACGUACCUGGAUCAGUCUCAAACACUGUAACUCAGAAUGGUGUCACUCUGACCUAUACUUCUGUUCUGACCCUUAUCCCAUCACUCAAACACCACGGACACACUCUCAGCUGCAGAGUGAGAUAUCCAUCUGUUUCAUCAGAGUGGACCCUCGUACUAACUGUGCAAGACAGUGGAGGAGAGAUUCUGCACGUGAUCCAGAUCCUGGGAAUACGAGCUGUGAUAUUCCUUGUGGCUGUGGUUAUCACUAUCGCUGGAGUCUGUGUCUGGGAGGGACAAACAGUGAAAGGAAGUCGACAGACUGUUUAAAGCUUUUGUACAGCAACAAUCUGCACAAACAGCAAUUUCCAAGCGGACUCCCAUCAGCAGACAGAGUGCAAUGAAACAUCGGCAUGCCUGCUUCUUAAUGUAUGGAGAGAAACCUGGAAUGAGAGAUUCUCCUUCUUCUCCUCAGCAAGCUGAAACUUUUCCUUAUACCUGGUUCUCCCCAAUCCUGCUGUGUGGACACAUCAUAACCACGGCAUUGUCUGGCUGUGGGCAGCCAACAUGGUCGAAUAGGAAUGAACAGAAAUGUGACGUUGAUAAACUCUGUUCUCUGAUUGGAAAGUGCUUUCUGAAUGCUGCUCCUUUUUCAUGCUGCGAUAGAUUGUAAGAAGCAUUUGGGUAAUGAAUAAAAUUACAUUUAAUA